AUGAAGAUGGUGCGUGUCAGUCGCGGGUUGCUGUUGCUGCAACUGGUGCAACUGCUGCUGCUGGUCGUGCUGCCCGACGCUAUUGUGGCCAAGUCGAAGAACAAGAACAAAUCCAAUCAGAAUACACACUAUGCCGACUCCGGCGGCGGCGGCGGCAGCAGCAGCAGCAGCGAUGACAACAACAACAACAAGCUGAAGGGACAUGGCGAAGGCGGCCAGCACUUUGCCAUGGAGCCACAGGAUCAGACGGCCGUGGUUGGCUCCCGGGUGACGCUGCCCUGUCGCGUCAUGGGCAAGGUGGGCGCACUGCAAUGGACCAAGGAUGACUUCGGUCUCGGCCAGCAUCGCAAUCUGAGCGGCUUCGAGCGCUACUCGAUGGUCGGCAGCGACGAGGAGGGCGACUUUUCGCUGGACAUAUACCCGCUGAUGCUGGACGACGAUGCCAAAUACCAGUGCCAAGUCGGGCCGGGGCCGCAGGGCGAGCGCGGCAUACGUUCACGUUUUGCCAAUCUGACGGUGCUGGUGCCGCCGGAGGCUCCAAAAAUCCAGCAGGGCGACUAUCUGGUCACCACCGAGGAUCGCGAAAUUGAGCUCGAGUGCAUCUCGGCGGGCGGCAAGCCGGCCGCCGAAAUCACCUGGAUCGAUGGACUGGGCAAUGUACUCACCGCCGAGAGCUUCUUCGAGCCGAUGGCCGAUUCGCGACGCGUCAAUACCAAAUCGGUGCUGAAGCUGGCGCCCAAAAAGAAAUAUCACAAUACGACGAUCACGUGCCAGGCACAGAACACGGCCGAUCGCACCUAUCGCUCCGCCAAGGUGCUGCUGGAGGUCAAGUAUGCGCCCAAGGUGUCCGUUUCGGUGGUGGGCGGCGCCUUGGCCGGCGGCCGUAUACCCGAGGGCGCCGAGGUCAUACUCAGCUGCCAGGCGGACGCCAAUCCGCCGGAGGUCAGCUAUCGUUGGUUCAUCAAUGAUGAGCUCAUCACCGGCGAUUUUACCACAAAAAUGAUCAUUCACAAUGUUACACGCAAAUAUCACGAUGCCAUUGUCAAGUGCGAGGUGGUCAAUGCCGUGGGCAAAAGCGAGGAGAGCGAAACCCUCGACAUAAGCUUUGGACCCGUUUUCCGUCAACGUCCGGUCAGCAAGGAGGCGGACCUGGGCGCCACUGUCACCAUGCGCUGCGAGGUGUCGGGCAAUCCAACGCCCGAGAUCGAAUGGAUCAACGAGAACUCGGAUCAGAUUGUUGGACGCGCACCGGAGCUGAAGCUAAAGGUCAGCAGCGAGACCGCCGGCCGUUACUUCUGCAAGGCGGUGGUCAACGGCUUCCCGGAGAUUGGCGCCGAGGCGACCGUCUAUGUGAAACGUGCGCCGAUCAUCACAUCGCACAAGGUGCAGUUCGGUGCCGUUGGCAGCCGGGCCAAGAUCGACUGUCUGGCCUUCAGCAUACCCAAGGCGGAGCAUAUACUGUGGUCCUUUGAGGGCAAGCUGAUCAACAUGAGCAGCGCCGAUCCCGACAUCUACAUAUUCGAGGAGCACCAUCUGCCGGAGGGCGUGCGCGCCGCGCUCAUCAUCAAGGAGAGCCGCUCCACGCACUAUGGCAAAUACAAUUGUACCAUAAUCAACUCGUACGGUGGGGAUUCGUUGGUCAUCACACUGGUGCCGGAGCCGGGCAGCAUACCCGUGCCGCUGGUCGUCAUGGGCUCCAUGUCCCUGGUGGCCAUUGUCCUGAUGGUCGUGAUGAUUGUGAUUGUCUAUAGGAAGCGGCGCAGGCGCAAGAAGCCAAUGCCCGCCGAUGUUAUACCGGAGGCAUCGCGCGGCGGCGACAAGCUCAACGAGCUGAAGAGCGAGCUGCGCGCCAAGGCGUACGAUGUGGAAUAUUCGGAGGCCGGCAGCGAUGGGCUGGCCAUUAAUCUCACCCAGACACCGAUGCCGGAUGUCCAGAUGAAGGGCGCCACCCUGGGCGUGCCGCUGGCCGGGCCCGUUAAGUUCGAUGAGCGUUUCUCCGGCGACUACAGCGAUCGCUACAAUCGUCAGUGCCACAUCAAGAAUCCCAAGAAUCAGCCGGACCAGGCCUACAAGGAGACCACCAGCAAUGGCUAUGCGCCCUACUUUGAGUACGCGCUCGACUACAGUCCACCCGCUGACAGCGGCAAGGCCAAGGGCGCCGCCGGUGCCAUCAACUCGGCCACCCUGCCACACUUUGCGGCCAGUGCGUCCGGCGCUGCCCCCACCACAGCCGGGGGCGUGCCCCUCAGCGGUGGGGCCAGUUUACCGCGCAAUCAGCGUCACGAGCUGCAACAGACAUCGCAAGCUAACGGUUUUCUGGGCCAACCGCUGCUGCAGAACGGCAUCGACAGUCGCUUCAGCGCCAUCUACGGCAAUCCCUACUUGCGCACAAACUCAUCCAUAUUGCCACCGCUGCCACCGCCGAGCACCGCCAAUCCAGCGGCCACGCCCGCCCCACCGCCCUACCAUGCCGCCCGGCAUGCCAACAGCAAUGGCGGCCUCAAGCACUUCGGCGCCGGCGGCUACGGUGCGGCCGCCAGCAUCAGCGUUGCCGGGGCAGCGGGCAGCGCCGGCGGCGGCGGCGGGGGGCCGGGCAGCGUCAGCGGCAGCAGCUCAAAUUUGACGGCCAGCAGCAAUACGCUGGCGGCCACGCCUCUCACACAGCCAUCGUUGUGCGGCCCGUUGGGCGUGGCCGGAAUGGGGGCACAGCAGAGCGCACAGAGUCCCUCCGGGCAGUUCAUAUUGCCCACAAAUGGCAAGGGCGUAACACAGAAGGGGCCGCUGGCCACGCAUGUCUAA